GCGCACCUCAGCUCGAUCGCUACCUGCACACUUGCAUCUGUCAUCAAUCGCAACAACGGAAUCUCUUGUGAAUGCGACAUAGAAUUCGCAAUGUCAUACACUCAUAGCACGGAACACUUUGACCUAGUCGUCGUCGGGGCAGGCCUGUAUGGCAUCACAGCAGCUGCUACAUACCAUGAAGUACAUCCCCAUGCCAAGAUCCUCGUUGUAGAAUCAAGUCCCUCUCUCGGUGGGCCAUGGUCCCCUCAGCGCACGUUUCCAGGACUGAAGACCAACAACCUCUUCGGCACGUACCAAGUUCCCGACUUCCCAAUGGAUGCGGCCCGCUUUAGGGUCAAACAAGGAGAGCACAUCCCUGCUAGAAAGGUUUUUGAGUAUUUGCAGGCUCUCGUCGAGGACAGAGGUCUCAAACAACACAUACAGUACAACACGAAAGUGAGGGUAGUAGAGGAGGUCAAAGGAGGCUGGAAGUUGCACGUCAGCAUCAGCAACUCGAAUGUCACAGAAGAAGCUGUUGUGAUCAACGCAUCAAAGUUGAUCGUCGCUGUCGGACUGACGAACCAGCCGUCGAUGCCUCACUACCCAACUUCGCCUGAAUUCAAACCUAUUGUCAUACACUCGAGUAGAUUCGCAAGCCAGUUCUCCGAGAUCGUAAAAGAGGGGACGCAUACAUUGGUAGUAGGAGGCGGCAAGUCUGCCUGGGACAUCACUUACGCGUGCGCCACGCAGCCCAACUCCACUGCAACAAUGCUCAUACGUCCCUCUGGGAACGGUCCAAGCUGGAUGGCACCGUCCCAUGUCACUCCGCUGGGCCUUUGGCUCGAGAAGCUCGUGUUCACUCGUUUCUUUGGCUACAUGUCGCCAUGUCCCUGGGCGGAGAUGACCGGGCUCGAAGGCUGGCUCAGAGGCUUCUUCCACGGGACAUGGCUCGGGAAGAAGAUCAUGGCCGCAUUCUGGCAGAUCUUGGGCGACGAUGUGAUACAGCUCAACAAGCUCCAUGAUCAUCCGGAGACGGAGAAGCUCCGGCCGUGGCGGGAUGCAUUCGAGACAGGGAACGGCCUGAGCAUUAUGAACUAUCCAACGAACUGGUUCGACUUGGUCCGACAGGGAAAGAUAAAGAUUGUCAUUGACGAGAUUGAGCAACUUGGAAACGAGAAUAAGGUACAGCUCAAGAGUGGGGAGACGAUCAAAGUCGAUGCUGUGGUGUGCGCAACCGGCUGGAAGAUCGGAGGGGGCGUAGAGUUCAAACCCGAAGGCUUGCGAUACCAGCUUGGACUACCCACGACCGAGGCACCUGAUGUCGAAGACGAAGCCCUCCUCAGUCAGGUCACCAAUGAGAUCUAUGAAAGAUACCCCUUCCUAAAGAACCGCGACACGAGCCGCGUGCACCAUCCUGACCCUACGCUUCGUCAUGCGGCGAGUUCGCAAACCGUACAGCAACCAUACCGCCUCCACCGGUUCUUGGUCCCUCCAGCCUUCCUCCAACAACGCUCAAUCGGCUUCGCAGGUGCGGUUUCUUGUCUUGGGAAUGCACCCUGCGCAUACCUCCAAGGACUAUGGUUGACGGCCUAUCUUGACGGAACAUUGAAGCUUCCCGAGGUCAGCAGCGAGAAUAUUAGACGCGAAAUGUAUCGAGACACGCAAUACUGCGCUUUACGACAUGCGAUGGGGUAUGGAGAUGUGUACCCCGAUAUAGUGUUUGACUCACUGCCCUACUUUGACGCACUGAUGCAGGACCUGGGAUUCGAAGGCAAGCGGAAGGGAUAUGUCCUGGGAUGUAGGAACUGGGUAGCUGAGUCAUUCCAGAGCUAUGCGCCGGAGGACUACAAAGGGUUGGUCGACGAAUGGAAAAGGAGGAUGGCUUUGGAGACGGAGGGAAAGAAGACAGAGUAGACAUGCUAUGUUAUCUUACUCAAAUAAAAGCUCCUCUGGGAU